AUGGAUGCAGUUUCAUCUGUGGAAACUGCAGAUCUCCACCCUGCUCCUACUGCAUUUAUUGGAUCAAGUGAUGGAGAUUAUCCGGUGAUAAAAUCCUUUGAUGAUGCCAAGACCAUAUGCUUUUUGGAGUCUCAAAAGCUUUGGGGCAUUGCUGGUCCUAUUGCCUUUAACAUUUUGUGUAACUAUGGUGUUAACUCCUUCACAAACAUCUUUGUUGGGCAUAUUGGAGAUUUGGAGCUCUCUGCUGUUGCAAUUUCACUGUCUGUCAUUGAAAAUUUCUCUUUUGGAUUUCUGCUUGGGAUGGCAAGUGCACUUGAAACACUAUGUGGGCAGGCAUUUGGUGCUGGGCAAGUAGAAAUGCUAGGAGUUUACAUGCAACGGUCAUGGAUAAUUCUGAUUAUCACAUGCAUUGGUCUACUACCACUUUAUGUGUUCGCGACGCCAAUCCUAAAACUCCUUGGCCAAGAAGCUGACAUAGCCAACCUUGCUGGGAAAUUCUCUAUCCAAAUCAUCCCUCAAAUGUUUUCACUAGCCAUCAACUUCCCAACUCAAAAGUUCUUGCAAGCACAGAGCAAGGUUUCGGUUCUGGCAUGGAUUGGUUUUGCAACUUUUAUCAUACACAUAGGAAUCCUCUAUGUCUUUAUCACAUUGUUAGGGUGGGGAACGAGUGGUGCUGCUGCAGCAUUUAAUCUCACGGCGUGGGGAAUGUCAUUCGCUCAAGUCUAUUACAUAGUUCAUUGGUGCACAGAUGGUUGGAAGGGAUUGUCAUGGUUAGCCUUCAAGGAACUAUGGUCCUUUGCAAAACUCUCCCUCGCUUCAGCUGUAAUGCUUUGCCUAGAGAUUUGGUACUUCAUGACCAUAAUUGUAAUGACUGGACACCUAGAUAAUCCUGUUAUUGCAGUUGGCUCCCUUUCAAUAUGCAUGAAUCUGAAUGGUUGGGAAGGCAUGUUGUUUAUUGGGAUCAAUGCAGCAAUAAGCGUUCGAGUCUCUAAUGAGCUUGGAUCAGCACAUCCUAGAGCUGCAAAGUACUCCGUCAUCGUCACGAUUAUGGAGUCUCUCAUCAUUGGAAUCAUUUGCGGGGGCAUUAUCUUGGCGGCCAAAGACAAAUUUGCCAUCAUCUUUACUGAGAGCAAAGAGAUGCAACAUGCAGUUUCUCAUUUAGCUUUCCUUCUCAGUAUUACAAUGAUACUCAAUAGUGUUCAGCCGGUUAUUUCAGGUGUUGCUGUUGGAGGAGGGUGGCAAGCUUUGGUGGCUUACAUAAACUUGUUUUGUUAUUACAUUGUUGGUCUCCCUCUUGGGUUUCUACUUGGUUACAGAACACAUAUGAGAGUGAAGGGAAUUUGGAUUGGUAUGAUAUUUGGGACAUCCUUGCAAACACUGAUCCUCUUGUACAUUGUUUACAAAACCAACUGGAACAAAGAGGUAGAACAAGCCUCGGAAAGAAUGAGGCAGUGGACUGGAAAAGAACUAACAAUAGUUGAUCACAAAAAAAGGGGUGAUCAAGAAGGUGGUGGACCUCUAAUAUUGUAG